AUGAGGUCAGUAUCCAGCGUCAGCGAUGCGCCUGGUUUAGCCGUCGAGGGUGCGGCGUAUCACGUCCAGACGGUGGGGGAUGCGGAGAAGCUCGCUGUGUACAAGACGGGUAACUAUCGCGCGGAGCCGGGUCUUAUCACGUACGCUGACGGGAGGGAGCCGAGGAUGGAUAUGGGGUAUACGUUAAAGUUUGUGGGGGUUCGGGAGGAUCUGAGUGAGGGGAUUUUUGAUCUGAGGAGGAUGUGA